CUGAUGAUCAUUGGCGGUACACUGCAGUGCGCGCUCAAUUCGAUUUUCGUCGAAUAAAUAGUUUUCAUAUUCUAUUUUAUGAAUGCAAUAUUUUUUCUAUUUAUUUAUUUUUCUUACUUAAUUAAUUGUCGGUGUAUAAUAAAUUUAGUGUGAAAGUUCAUUGGUGCUGUUAGGGAUCGCUUAACAAUAUCUCACGCGUGGCUGUUUGCUGAUAAAAUCAAUUCAUCACGAUCAACAUGGCUGCAUCUGUGCUUUUUGCCUGCGGCUUGAGUGAGCAAAAACUGCCAAAUUUUGUGCACAUCAGCGAAGAGUCGAAUGUCGAUAGCAGUUUUCUGACCAGUUGCAUACUUGGUCAACGCUUGCGCCUCUCUAACGUCGGCACAGUGCUCGUCUGCUUGCAGAACAACUAUUAUCACUACUUCCGCGCUGGUUUGCGUCUCGGCUAUAAUGUAAAUAUCUUCCUUGGCAAAACACUGAAUGUUGUAGAUCCAUUAACGGAAAUGGCUCGUGAGGGUAUCACUUCCAAGUGGCUACAGGACGAACGUCUUGUCACAACACUUCUACUUGACUCUAUACGCGAUUAUGUCAGUGCCAGCGCAGCUCAACGCAUCAGCGUAAAUAUAGUAAUUGACAAUUUGGCGAUUUUGUUGAACUUGGGCGCUACCGUGGAGGAGAUGCUACAGCUGUGCCAUGAUUUGGACGAUUUGACGAAGCAGUAUGAGAAUGUGUCGGUGAUUACGAAAAUAAGCAAUUGUGAUAUAUAUAUGCCAAUCGAUAAUAAUUUGUCGAAGCUGGGUACGCUGCGUAUUCGUGUAGUGCAUCUAAAGAGUGGCGUGUCGCAUGAUGUAGAUGGUAAAUUGCUGAUCGAGCGCGAAGUGAUCGGUAGUGGAUAUGAGAAGCGGGAACAAGACCAGGAGCAGGAGGAAGAGCAGGAGAAUGGCGGGUAUGAAAUCGAGCGAGUGCGCAAGGAAGUGCUUUACAAAGUCAACGACAGGAAUGUAAAGAUCAUGAAUCUAGGUGAAGUGGGUGUAAGGAUUUGAGGAGGCGCGUAUCUGGAACAUAUGUAUCUGAUGUAGAAAAAAUAAAUUUUGACUUACAUAGUA